AUGUUUUACACCGUUCUUUUCUUUGUCUUGCUGUCUUUAACAUCAACUCCAAGCGUCGAUGGUCUCUUAUGUGCUAAGGACUGCAGAUUUACUGCCGAUCUGAAAAAUCCAACACCACCGACAUGCACCUAUGUUGAUCUUCCGGUCAGUCAACAAAGUUGUCAGGUUGUACUGACAGUAGAUUACUAUUUGGGUGCAGUCAAUGGCAUUAUGAGCGCCAAAACACCGGCCACAGUUCCUAAUUUCGAUGCAGUAACGGUAUUUUCUCUUGCUAGCGAAGCUACUAAUCUAACUGUUGAAUUCGAUUGUACCGAUGCGGAUAGAUGUGACUUUAACUUCACGAGCGAUCUUCUUAAAAGCGAUUGGAAUCAAUUUCUAACCCAAGCAAAAAACAUAAGACAAAAUCUAGUUGAUAUGCUCAUCAAUCCUGCAACACUCGAUUCAAAUGAUACUUGUUCUGCCGGACCAGCAUGUUCUGGCAAGGGAUUCUGUGGAGCGGUUUAUCAGGUUUGGUCUGAUGCUCAAAAACCCGUCUACGAUGAAUAUUGUGUAAAUGCCACGAAUCAACCCAUCUUUGAAUGGGCCCAAGCUUAUGACCAAGUUAAGACUGGUGAACUUAUGCUGUACAAUUGCAAUAAGGAUGGAUGCACAACAGUUUCUAUGGCUGAAAAUAUCGCGCGACUGUUAAAUCGUAAUUAUAUUUUACCAUUCAAUGUUUUAGUCCCACCUUUAACCUCUACGACCACCAGCACACCAUCAUCUGCGACUACCAGCACACCAUCAUCUACGCAAACAUCACCACCAAGUGCGGCUAACUUUGUCCGUUUUGACAACAUAUCGAUGCUGACUUUUAUAUUUACUUUCAUAAUUUUCUUCUGA